GGAGAACAUAUUGCGAGCUGCCCUCUCUCCCCGCCUAAUCCAUCCCCCCCAGCCGGGAGGGGGCGGUUAUUGGCGCGUGCGCUCCCCGCCCCGGCCGUGCCCGCGCGUGGCUGCAAGUCCCCCCUCAAUCACCACCCCCCCCACCAGCACGAGCUCCGGGCCGCCUCACUCGGCCGCUGGCUGUCGGAGUGUCCUCGCCGGUCUCACCAGCUCGUCGGCUGCUGGGGCUCUGCCACUCGCAGCCGGAACAUGGACGACUUGGAUGCUCUGCUAGCUGACCUAGAAUCAACAACUUCACAGAUUUCAAAAAGACCCAUUUUUAUCCCAGAGGAAACCCCGUACUCCUAUCCAACAGGAAGCCAUGUUAGCCAGGAAGUAUCCAUUCCCCCACCAGUGCCACCACCUCCCUCAGCUGAUGCUUUGAAUGGGGUAAUCAUCGACUCAGUUGAACAAAGGCAACCCUCUGUUUCACGAUAUCAGCACCAGAAGGGUCACCAAGAGGAGAUCUCGCCUUCAGUUGGAAUCACCAGCUCUCCCCAGCCACAGCAGCAGACUUACUCCACAAAUGUGAAAAGUUCCUUCUCUCAAGAUUCCAUCAGUCCUCCUGCUCCACGUUCUUCUGAGGAAGACCAUGUUUACAGCUUCCCCAAUAAAACAAAGUCCUCAGAACCUUCACCGAUCGUCAUGACGGCCUCACUCGGCAGUAAUCUCUCUGAAUUGGAUCGUCUCUUGUUGGAACUGAAUGAGGUGCAACACAAUCCAUCUAGCAGCUUUGCAACAGAUGAGUCCAACCGCAGCCCCCAUUCUGCUCCUGGCAGUGGCUCCCAGUACACAGGUCAAGAAAAUGGAACUCAGAUGGGGAAAAAAGUGCCUCCCCCAACGAAAGAAAAACCGAAAAGAAAUGGAGGCCGAGGAAUUGACGAUGUACGGCCAAGUGUGGAAAGCUUAUUAGAUGAACUGGAGAGCUCAGUUCCCAGUCCAAGUCCUGCAUCUGCUGCGUCUCCAGUGUGUGGGCUUACCUCUCAGCGCAGUACUCCAAACCAACAACAGGCGCGCAUAUCUGCAUCCUCAGCAACUCGUGAACUUGAUGAAUUAAUGGAAUCACUCUCUGAGUUCAAGGUUCACGGCAAUGCUGGUACUAUAAGUCCUAUAAGUUUUGAAUCAGAUGAAAAGCAGAAAACAUCUACUCCAAAUACUCUGCUAGUGUCUGUUUUUACCCAAUCUCCCAUAUCUCCACCAACAUCUCAGAUGCUCUUAUCUGUGCCUUACAAUUCCCAGAUUAUUCCUAAAGGUACAGGCUUGCCCUCUCCACUACCAAGAACCCCCAGUCCUCUGGAACUGCUGCACAUUGACGAAGAGCCUGGUACAGCACAACCAUAUCUAUCUGCAUUAUCUAACCUUGCAAAUUCAUCACUUCACCAUCCAGUGGUGCAUCCAUCUGUCAAUGUAAAUUCAAAACUAGACACCAAUGUUCCUCUGGCAGGAAUGUCACCCUAUUUUAAAUCUCCAGAGCCAUAUUUCACCAUGCACAGGGACGUGCAGAAAACUGGAAAUAAAAAAGAAUCUAUUGACAGUGAAAUGCUGUCAAAUGCUUUAAAUACCGCAAAAAAAGAUUCUAAAUCCACACUGACCUCAAGUCGUGAAUUGGAGGAUGUUGAUAAAUCCCUGAUUACAGACUUUUCUGGGAUCAAUGAAGCCUUAGAUAAGCUGCUGUCCUUUUACCCUGAGGCUGAGCUAGUUGAGCACCUGGACACCAAGCAACAUGUCCUUGAAUCGAAAGUGGCAUCUGUGGAGAAACCAUCAGUGUGUUUUCCUACGACAGAGCUUUCCUCCUUGCAAUUGGAAACAAAUGAGAAACAGAAUAUUAAACAAGCAGCCAAGCCUCGGGGAGAAAAUUCAACAGAAUUAUCUAGUCCGAAGAAGAUGCAUGAAAAAGCAGCGCAACUAACAACACAGCAGCAGCAAGAACAAGGCAGGGAAAUGGCAGUGGAACAAAAUAAAGUGAACAGUUGUUACAAGUAUCAUCAAACAAACGAGAAAGCAGAAGAAGAGAAGUUUGAUCUGCCUCCAGUUCAAAUACUCACAGUGGAACGGAUUUCUGCCUCUCGUCAGAUGAAAUCUCUUAUUAAGAGGACAAAGCAUUCUAUGAACGUGCACCCGAUGUACCGUGAGGACCUACCACGCCGAACGUUUGGACCUGUCAUAUUUAACAAAAACGUGUCACAAGAUAGACUUAUUGAAGAGCUGCACAGCAAGCUAGGAAUUGAGAAGAAGGAGCCAAAGAAUAAAAAAGUAGAUGACUGGCUGACAGAGGGGUUGAUCAUCACCUCAAUGCCUGUCAGGAAACAUCAGGAAGGAGGUCAUAUUGUUGAGAAGAUAAUAAUCACUCCAGAACCUCCUUCUUCAAAGGGUUCUACUCCAUCACCCUGUCCUCCUUCACCCUCUCCCCCUAUAAAACAGUGCCAUGAACAAAAAAAAAAUGGACUGAUAGAAGUCACGCUCACACCACCUCCACCUGAGCGUUUCCCACCCUCACUUGCUGUACCUUCUCCACCUCCCCUUCCUGUGCCUUUCCCACCUCCUCUCCCCGGACCUUCCCCAGCCCCUCUCUCUAAGCCUUCUCUGCCGCCUCUCCCUGAGCCUUCCCUCCCUCCUCCCUCUCUACCUUCCCCACCACCUCUACUUCUGCCCUCCUCAUCAACUGCUUCCUCCCCAUUAUCUUCCAUUCGCCUAGGAUCUCAUUCUGCACCUCGGUGGAAUAUUUCAUCUGAUAAAAAUGAAAAACUGCCCGUCCUUCCAACAGCAGUUCUUGCCCCUGUGACCCCAUUAGAAUACACUUCGCUCCGAGAACACCAUCCACGUUCCUCCUCUCUACCUGUCGUACCUCUGCCAUCUCUAUCUGCAUCUCCCAGAGUCAUGAUGUCAAUAGCUUGUCAAACCGAUGGUGAAGUCUGUGAUGAAGGCACUCAACUUGUUCGAUCACAGCCAAUCAGCCCAGGUCGUGCUACCAAACUGCUGGGUUCCUCAUUGCAUAAAGGCGAUCAUCUGGGACUGGUAGAUCCAUUUGCCCUUCCCCCACUGCCGUGCCCACUCCCUCCUUCAUUUUAUGGACAACAACAAAAACUAAAAGCAAAUAUGAUGACCCAGUCAGGGUCCAAAGGAAAGCAAGGAGGGCCUUCCACUGUAGCAGGUCCACAAAAAGCCGGAAGCCAACUGGAUAAUAUGUUGGAUGAAUUGCACGUUGGGCUGAAUAAAUUGGGAGUUGCGACUGUAGCAAAAGGAGUAUGUGCUGCUUGCAAGAAACCUAUAGCCGGACAGGUUGUUACUGCCAUGGGUCGUACCUGGCACCCCGAGCACUUUGUGUGUACCCAUUGUCAAGAAGAGAUUGGCUCUCGGAAUUUCUUUGAGCGAGAUGGACAGCCAUACUGUGAGAAGGACUAUCACAAUCUAUUCUCACCCCGUUGUUACUAUUGUAAUGGACCCAUUUUGGAUAAAGUGGUGACUGCACUGGAUCGAACAUGGCAUCCGGAACACUUCUUCUGUGCUCAGUGUGGUGCUUUCUUUGGGCCAGAUGGAUUCCAUGAAAAAGACGGGAAAGCCUACUGUCGCAAAGAUUACUUUGACAUGUUCGCUCCAAAGUGCGGUGGCUGUGCGCGAGCGAUUCUAGAAAACUAUAUCUCAGCCCUCAAUUCACUGUGGCACCCAGAGUGCUUUGUGUGCCGGGAAUGUUUCACCCCAUUCAUAAAUGGCAGCUUUUUUGAACAUGAGGGUCAGCCGUAUUGCGAGAUGCAUUAUCAUGAGCGUCGCAACUCACUGUGCUCUGGAUGUCAGAAGCCUAUCACAGGCCGCUGUAUCACUGCUAUGGGAAAGAAGUUCCACCCAGAGCAUUUUGUCUGUGCCUUCUGCUUGAAACAGCUCAACAAGGGCACCUUCAAAGAGCAGAAUGACAAGCCCUAUUGUCACAACUGCUUUAUCAAGCUCUUCUGUUAGAUUCAUCCCACCAGCCACCCCUCCAGUUCAAUCAUUCCUCUACUUCCACAAAUUCACAUUCAGGCACAUGAUCCCAAUGGAACAGAAAUUAUCCAGUUUUUAGGGGUAAUACAGAUCUUGGACUUAAAUAACAAACAAUUUAUUUGUGUAUCUCCUCUUACUUACAGUCACUGCGAAAAGAGAAAUUCCUCUAGAUGAGGUGUUGAAAGUGCCAUAUUUUCCUCAAUCCCAACCCCACAACCUCCAGGUGAUUAACUUCAUGCUAAUAGCCAUCUGUGGCAGGCUGGUUGAGGAGCUGUCAGAUUCAAUGACUUGAACCCAAAUCAGCAGUGAAAAAUUACCAGUGGUUUCUAUCCAGCUCAGUUCUUGUUUCAUUAUAUAUUUUUUUAAACUGCAAAGACCAUUUUAAUAUUGCAACCUCACAGACACCAACCCCAAGAGUACAUAUAUAUUGAGGCUUUUUCCUUGUCGAAGAGGUAAACAAAACAAUGAAUAUAUAAUUGCAGUUAAACAAUUCCCUGAAUGGCUUGGUAAAACUAACUUGGUAAAACUACAACAGAACAAUCCUCUAAAGGAACACAGUCGAACUGACAAUAAAUCUACAGAGAACUAUAUGAAACAUAGAUGAUGUUGCUGGAAAGCAAAAGUAUUUUUUAUGAGAAAUGUCUCUGUUGCACACCAGUGUCUCCUUGAUGUUAGUAAAGCCUUUGACUAACUGAAGCAAUAAUAUUUCUUAGCAAUGGUCACAAUCGCACUUCCUGUUUGGUACACAGGGAAGUUUCCUUUGGUAGAUUUGAUAGAACUUUUACAUAUCUGUAACCUUUUUAUCCUCUACUUUCAGUUACCUGAAGAGUUCAUAAUUCUGAGCUUUCAUGUCAGAAUUAUGUGAUUUUAAAAUCAUGACAACCACUUUUUGUAAGCCACACAUCACAUGUAGGUGAUGCAAGUAAUUUUUGUGCUUUCUUACAAAAUUAAUGACUAAUUCUUACAUGGAAAUUUAAAGGACUGUUAGAUGGGACACUGCCUGUUCACUUUUAUAGCACAAGAACGGUUUUAAUCUUUGGAGCACGUCCUAACCUAAUGUCUGUGAACAGAACAUUUUUAAUUGUGAGCCUGCUGUAUUUUUAUCAACUCUCUUGCCUAAUUUGCCAAUAAUUUAUCUUUAUAUGAUAUGUCUUAAUUCCUGCUGUUGAGCUUUUGGGUCUUCCCACAUAAUGUGUUGCCAUAUUUUGUCUGUCAUCCUAAGAGUAAUUCAGUUUUUAGAAAAAACAGUGGUAACAGCUGAGGUCAGAAGCUUUUUAGUGCCAUUUUAACUGGUCACAUUCUGAUAAAUUGAAGCCUCACUAGUGUUUACAAUGCAUUGAAUCCAGUCAGCCAUUAAACCAAAGGGAAUUCCUCAAGAAUGAGAUAAAUUGUUUUAAGGAAAUAGUCCUGAUUCUUUCCUCUGAUCAAUAAUAAUCACUUGUGUUUGACUACAUCUUUGUACAUCUUUUAAUCAUGGCUUAUACAAUCUCAUAUAUAAUCUCAUGGGUUUUUGCCAAUAAAAGUGCUUUUCAUUUUA